ACAGAGUCUCCAUUCAUUUACGUAGUAAUUAAAAUCCUCGAAAAAAGGAAAAAGAAAAAGAAAAUACUCCAAAAAAGGAAAAAAGAAAAAAAAGAAAAAAGAGAUGUCUCUUCCUUGCUCUAUCUUCAUUUUUUCUUCAUCGACUUUCUUUAGUGGCGAUUCUUAGUAUUAGUGUUAGCCUUUUUCUUUGAUUUGAAUUAUGAGUCUUUAAGUAUUGGCCGUUCCUUUUUAUAUUUGCUUCCAAUACUCUAACUGCUCGUUCCUUCUCUGGCUGGCGCUGCUACUCCAACUAACCUUGGAAGAUGGGCGGCGAUAAGGGCAUCAGCCUCGACGAGAUCAAAAACGAGUCCGUCGAUCUGGAACGAAUUCCUAUUGAGGAAGUUUUCGAGCAGCUGAAAUGUACAAGAGCAGGCUUGACUACCGAGGAAGGCGCGAAUCGCCUUCAAGUUUUUGGACCAAACAAACUAGAAGAGAAAAAGGAGAGCAAAUUUCUCAAGUUCUUGGGUUUUAUGUGGAACCCUUUGUCAUGGGUCAUGGAAGCCGCUGCUAUAAUGGCUAUUGCCUUGGCAAAUGGUGACGGGAGGCCUCCAGACUGGCAGGACUUCGUUGGUAUCAUUGUCUUGUUGUUGAUCAACUCCACCAUCAGUUUUAUUGAAGAAAAUAAUGCUGGUAACGCUGCAGCUGCCCUCAUGGCUAAUCUUGCUCCAAAAACCAAGGUUCUUAGAGAUGGUCGAUGGAGUGAACAAGAAGCAGCAAUUCUGGUGCCAGGGGACAUUAUCACUAUUAAAUUGGGAGACAUAGUUCCUGCUGAUGCUCGUCUUCUUGAGGGUGAUCCUUUGAAGAUUGAUCAAUCUGCACUUACAGGGGAGUCUCUUCCCGUUACAAAGAAUCCAUCGGAUGAAGUGUUUUCUGGCUCAACGUGUAAACAGGGUGAAAUAGAAGCAGUUGUUAUUGCAACUGGUGUGCACACCUUCUUUGGUAAAGCUGCCCACCUAGUGGACAGCACCAAUCAAGUUGGGCAUUUCCAGAAAGUGCUCACUGCCAUCGGAAAUUUCUGCAUUUGCUCAAUUGCUGUUGGAAUAAUCAUUGAGAUAAUUGUCAUGUACCCAAUACAGCACCGCAAGUACAGGCAGGGAAUUGACAAUUUACUUGUUCUCUUGAUUGGAGGAAUCCCUAUUGCUAUGCCAACUGUGUUGUCUGUCACCAUGGCUAUUGGUUCUCAUAGGCUUUCCCAACAAGGGGCUAUCACGAAAAGAAUGACAGCCAUUGAGGAAAUGGCAGGCAUGGAUGUUCUCUGCAGUGAUAAGACUGGGACCCUGACCCUGAACAAACUUACUGUUGAUAGAAACCUAAUUGAAGUGUUUGCAAAGGGAGUCGAAAAAGAGCAAGUUAUCCUAUAUGCAGCAAGGGCUUCAAGAACUGAAAAUCAGGAUGCGAUUGAUGCUGCAAUUGUAGGAAUGCUUGCAGAUCCGAAGGAGGCACGAGCUGGUAUCAGAGAGAUUCACUUCCUACCAUUCAACCCUGUAGACAAGAGAACUGCUCUGACCUACAUUGAUUCUGAUGGAAACUGGCAUCGUGCUAGCAAAGGUGCACCAGAGCAGAUCAUAACUCUUUGCAAUUGCAAAGAAGAUGUCAAGAAAAAGGUUCAUGCUGUUAUUGAUAAAUAUGCUGAACGUGGACUUCGAUCUUUAGCCGUUGCAAGACAGGAAGUACCUGAGAAAACAAAAGAGUCUCCUGGGGCACCGUGGCAGCUUAUUGGUUUGUUGCCACUGUUUGAUCCCCCGAGACACGAUAGUGCUGAAACCAUCAGGAGAGCUCUAAACCUUGGAGUGAAUGUUAAGAUGAUUACCGGGGAUCAGCUUGCCAUUGGCAAAGAAACUGGCAGGAGGCUUGGAAUGGGAACAAACAUGUACCCUUCUUCUUCCUUGCUGGGCCAAGACAAGGACGCUUCCAUUGCUGCCCUCCCUAUUGAUGAAUUGAUUGAGAAGGCCGAUGGAUUUGCAGGAGUAUUUCCAGGUGUGUUCAGUUGUAAAAUGUCUUCUUAAAUAUGUGAUAUUCUG